UCAGGAUUCGGCAUCAGGUCCUGGAAAGCUGCGCAGUUUUUUUUUUUUUUACCGGAGCUCUUGUUGUGUUCAGGUUUUUAAAAAUUUUUCUGCAUUUUCUAACGAAUUUUCCCCACAACGCAGUCGCAUCCGAAUGACAGAUACUAAAAGCCUCUUCCUGGGGAGACACCCAUGUUUCCGAGAGAGGAUGGAGAAUUGAUUUACUGAACAGCGCUCCGCCACUUCUCACUGCAUCAAACGGGCAGCGAUGCAGCUUGGUCAUCCGGUCACCAGCGGCACUUCUCUCCAAAUCCCUCCCCAGCCUGAGUCUCAGAUAUUCAGGAGCCGACACCCAAUCCUGCUGAACUCCAUCCAGCCCAUCUUGGUCAGGGCCAUCAUCAAUCCAAAGCGGGGGAUGGAGGAGCCUCUCCAGCCGCAGACUCCGCAAAGCUUCAGGAACUGCAGCUCAUCGGGACCUGCUGGGAGAUCCUGCUGGAGCUUAGAUCUGAGAGUGGCUAUUCUUCUGCUGACUCUGGCAGGAGCAGUAAUCCUGUUGCUGCUGUACAGACUCUUACAGCUGAGACACAGGCUGAGGAUGGCGAGGGCGAGGCAUGCUUUGGAGUACUCCAGCUUCUACCACUCUGGCACCUACACACUCAAACACCCCACACCUUGUCAGGAGCUGCCAGAGAAGAAUGGGGCAGUGCCUGAAAAUACUGCACCAAUCCAAACCAUAACCUCGGUGACACCUGCUGUCAUCACCCCAGUGCUGCCCCCGUCGGUGCCCUCACCAGCACCCCCUCCACUGCCACUCCCUCCACCUCCUGUCCUACCACGUCCACCUCUCCACCCUCCAGAUUCUCUCCCUCCAACACCUCCUGUCCUGUCACUUCCUCUCCCUGUGCCUGUCAUCCACACCACCCCGCCCAGCCCUCACCUGUCAUGGGGUGCCUGCUCAGAUGUAGAUGUUUACUCUCGAAUCGGAGCCUUCAGGCACUCCAGGCUUUCCCGCCUCUCCAGCCAGUCCACAGUCAUCCUGUUUGAACACUCGUCUCUUUGAACCCUCACAGAACAUGCCUGAUCUUCGUCUCUGUGAUGAUCAUACAGGGAUGAUUACUAGAUGUUUCCUGCACUGUGUGUAUAUAUAAUUGUAUCAGGCAAAGAAAAUUAUGACAAGUUAACUUUUCAAAACUUAAAAACACGAAGUUUGAAUUUUGUCAGCCACUGAAAUGAUUUAUUGACAAAAAAAGGCUGUGCAGUAAAACUGCAGUUUAAAUAAAAACACCUCGACUUUAAUCAUUGAUUGUGGGGGCUGUCUCUUAAAUACAGCUCACAGAAGCUUAAAGCUGUUUUGUUUGUUUGUUUGUUUUAACUUCAUAUCUAUUCUGAACUCUGUUU